AUGUACGUCAGAGUCGGGUUCAACGUGCUACAUGGAAGCUUAAUUCGAGACCACCCGACCUCCUGUGACUUCGACGCUUUCCGUGCCUCUUGGAAAUAUCACCCGGCAGCCGCUUGGAGAAAGCUUGCCAGGGAUGGUGCGUCUCAACCAAAACUUCGUAGAAAUGCAUCAAUAACGGGACUGCAGAUGCGCAAGACGUCGCAUCUGGGGAUUUCUUUGGAUGAACAAUCGAACAAGAGGGUCAGCAUGAGCUUAUCAUGA